AUGGCGACUCCACCUGCCCGUAAAGCCAUAUUAGAUCUCUAUGCCUCCACCUUGCGGACGGCGAAAUCAUUCAGUUCAUAUAACUUUCGCACCUACUUCGUUCGGAGGACGGAGGAUACAUUCCGUGGGAUCCAAGCAGAGCAAGAUCCUAUCAAGCUUUCACAUGCAUAUAACGAGGCUGUGAAGGAGCUUUCGGUAUUAAGACGGUGUGCAGUCAUGAAUCAACUGUAUGGCGGUGCGCGGCUGGCAGUCGAAGAACAGAGUGAAGUGCGUACCUGA